AUGCGACGCCUGCUCAGCUACGUUGCGCCGCAGCUACCCACCAUCCUCGCUGGCAGCCUUCUCCUCCUCUUCGCCACGCUGGCCGAGCUUGGUGUGCCCUCCGUCGCUGGCGCUCUGCUGGAUAUCUACACGAACGCUGCUGGCGAUGAGGUUGGCUCCAGAGUCGACCGCGCGCUGCUGCGGCUCAUGGGUCUGAUCGCGGGGAUGUCGGCGUGCAAACACGCGGGCGAGUACCUGCUCAAGAGCGCCGGCGAGCGAGCGGUGGUCGAGGUGCGGUCGCGCCUCUUCCUCUGCCAGCUGACCUGCAGCGUGCAGAGCCUCGAGGAGCAGCCGACCGGUCACCUCCUCUCCUCGCUGACGGCGGGGUCGGACGCGGUGCGGCUGUGCGUCACGCACCACCUACCGCAGGUCGCUCGCAGCGUCGCCUCGUGCCUGGUCGCCUCGGUCUACAUGGCCUCCAUCUCUCCGCGGCAGACUCUCCCUCGCCAGGACAUGGCGUCCUCCUCCGCAGGACGCGUCGGAGACGGCAACCUCCUCCUCGGCGGCGUCGCCACGCUCGGCGUGGCGCUGUCGCUGCUGGACGAGGGCGAGGCGCGCGCUGCGGCAGAGGCAGCGGCCGAGGCGGGGAGCAGCUGCGCCGCGCCGGAGGGCGCCGCUGCGUCGCACGUGGAGCUCGAGGCGGCGAAGCAGCCAGCCCUCGACUCGCUCACACUCUCGCUCGCGGCCGACAAGAUGACGGCGCUGGUCGGGCCAAGCGGCGGAGGCAAGAGCAGCGCGCUGAGCUUGCUGCUGCGCUUCUACCAGCCAACCGCCGGUUGCAUCACCAUCGGCGGCGUUCGCCUCGAGCGGCUUCCAAACCGGUGGCUCCGCGAGCACGUGGGUGUCGUCGCGCAGGAGCUUACCCGAGACGUGCGGCGCGCGGCGGUCGCCGCCAACGCGCACGGCUUCAUCUCAACGGCGGGCGGCUACGGUGCGGCAAUCGGCGAGCGGGGCGGCGGCCUAUCGGGCGGGCAGCGGCAGCGCAUAGCGCUCGCGCGCGCGUACCUCCGCGCGCCCUCGGCGACGGCGAGCCUCGACGCGGAGUCGGAGCGCGCGGUGCAUGACGCGCUCGCCCUGCUCGCGCGCGGCCGCGCGGUGCUGACGGUGGCGCACCGUCUCGCGACGGUGCGAGCGGCCGACGAGAUCGUUGUGCUCGAGCGCGGCCGCGUCGUCGAGCGGGGGACACACGAGGCUCUGGUUGCGGCGGCCGGCCUCUAUGCGCGCCUCAACGCGCUGCAGACGCACUCCGAUUAUUGA